UAUCGCAUUUGUAUUGCUAUCGCUGCUAUCGGUAGUUUGCAGCCGACUGCCGGAGACCGCGGACGCGUCAUGGCCAAGGUCAACAUUCCCUCGUUCACGCUCAACAAUGGCAUCCAAAUGCCAGCUCUGGGUUACGGCACCUGGCUUGGAAUUCGUGCGGAGGACGAAGAGUUCGACUACUCCGGCUGGGACAAGAUGGUGGACUGCAUCUCGUACGCCAUCGACGUGGGCUACCGCCACAUCGACACGGCGCACCUCUACAGGAUCGAACCAGAGAUCGGUCAGAUCGUACAGAAGAAGAUCAAAGAUGGCGUUGUGAAGAGAGAGGACCUGUUCAUCACCACCAAGGUGUGGCAGACGUACAGCCGCGAGGCUGACGUCGAGGUCUCUGUGCGUGGGUCUCUCCGUCGUCUAGGCCUCGACUACGUGGACCAAGUGCUUGUGCACUGGCCGCUUUCCUUCAAUGAAGAAGGCGUAGACCAAAACAUCGACUACCUAGAGACCUGGCGGGGUUUCGAGACCGUCCUCAAGAAGGGUUUGACGCGCUCCAUUGGCGUUUCAAACUUUAACGUUGAACAACUGAAGCGGCUUAUCGCCAACAGCAACGUUAAACCAGUCACCAACCAAGUCGAGCUCAACCUUGCCUUCGGCCAAAAGGAGCUCGUCGACUACUGCACCUCCCAAAACAUCAGGGUCGUCGCCUGGGCGCCAUUCGGAGCCAUGAUCGCCAGCCGUGCCGCCCCUGAUGCCAAGGGACCUAAGAUAGACGACCCAACACUCGUCGCUAUUGCUAAGAAAUACAACAAGACUGUCACACAAGUUGUCCUUAGAUACUUGUACCAACACGGUAUCAUCACCAUCCCAAAAACCGUCACCCCAAGCCGUGUCGUCGAAAACGCGUCCAUCUUCGACUUCGAACUGUCGCAGUCGGAGAUCGACACGCUGGCGAAGUUCGACGUCAACUACCGCUCGAACAGACCGACGUUCUGGCAGAACCACUCCAACUACCCCUUCGAGAAGUACGACGUUCCCCCCAGUGCGAUCCCGAAGGCGCUGCUUACGUGGAAGAAUGGGAAAAAUCAAGAUAUCGAUUUGUGCUUCUGUAUUCGAAUAGCUAUGUUGUUUUUAACGCUGGCUGGCUUGUUCGCUGUGGCGGUAUGUGACGAGAAAGAUGGCGGCAAAGCCCCCAGAAUACCUCUGAACGAUGGCAACUCCAUGCCCGCUAUGGGGCUCGGCACCUUCCUUGGUUUUGACGAGAAUGGACAGAAGGAAGCAAAAAGCCUGGAGGUGGAGAAUGCCGUGUCAUGGGCACUUGACGCCGGGUACAGGAUGUUAGAUACAGCCUCGGCUUACAACAACGAAGUGCAGGUUGGGAGAGGCGUCCAGAACUCGACAGUUCCUAGGGAACAUGUGUUCCUAGUUACGAAGUUGGGCAGCAACGAGAAGAGAGACGUUGUGGGAGCACUGAGAAAGUCUCUGGAACGCCUCAACAUGAGCUAUGUGGAUCUGUACUUGAUUCACAACCCAGUAUCUUUCACCCCGGACCACAAACAAUACGAAGUUAUAGACUACCUAGACACCUGGAGACAAAUGGAGCAAACUAAGAAACUGGGGCUGGCGAAGUCCAUCGGAAUAUCCAACUUCAACAUCAGCCAGAUGGACCGGUUGCUGGCCAACUGCGAGAUCAAACCCUCGGUACUGCAAAUCGAGGUGAAUCUCAACCUCGCCCAGAACGAUAUCCUCCAAUACUGCCAACGUCAUAACAUGGCCGUGAUGGCUUACACGCCGUUUGGCAGCCUAUUCAGCGCUGACAACGGGCCACCGCCCCCACGCGCUAGUGACCCCACUCUCAAAGCGAUUGCCACUAAAUACAAAAAGAGUGUAGCGCAAAUCGUGCUGAGGUAUUUGGUGCAAACAGGUGUAGCGCCCAUCCCGAAGUCAGUCAACAAGCCUAGGAUUGAACAAAACAUCGAUAUCUUCGACUUUACCCUGACGCCGGAAGAAAUGCAGAUCCUGAGUGGUUUCAACAGGAACUACCGCACGGUCUGGCCGAGCUUCUGGCAGGACCACCCCUACUACCCCUUCGAACAGAAGGCGGUCCCUGACCCAGACUUGUUCAAGCCCAAGACAGAAUAAAAGAGACCCCAAGAGAGUAUAAUAAGAAGAGUGCACCAAGUGCCCCCGAGGAGUAUGCCAAGGGAUAAUGCUAAGGGAUGUUUGUGGCAUGAUAUAUCUAGAAAAAUAAAUUGAACUAUUAUAAUAAUUACAUACCCUUUCUACUCCAUGAUACCCUUUUAUCUAUUUUUAAAGUAGAUGAAUAGGAAAUGAAAACAGUGUAAUAUUGUCAUUUUGUAUUUUUUCUUUAUUUUGGAGAUAUUAAAUUAUUUGUAGAAA